ACGUUUUGCGUAGUCGUGAUCAGCGCUGCGUCGUAUUGGAUCCAUCUGGUGCACACCAAAAAUGAGCAGAAAACGCUGCUCAUUGCCAAACAAGCCCGAGACUUUUACUCCAUAUCAACAGGAGUGUGGAACGCCGGUCUGAUUUCCACAAUCACGUCCUCGUUCAUAAACCUGAUCGUUUCCGUGUUGCUGGCAUAUGGUGCAUAUUACGACAGGAACAAGUUAUUGAUCCCGUGGCUCGCGAAAAACAUGUUCCUGUUGGUGGUUGGAGCCGGGUUCGGGUUCUACAACAUUUACUGGGUUGUUAGUUCUGCCAAUACUGAGGACGAGGCCUCGUUUUGGGGCAGCCUUUGUGGGCUCUACUGGGUCAUUCUUGCCAUGAUUGCAUACUGCUGGACCUCAACAUUCUCCCAAUACAUCACCAGCAAGCGGAUCACAGAGAAACUCAGACCGCUGAUGAAACAAGGCGAGAAGAUGAUCAGGAAUCCCAGGGCUUUCAAGCUCUCUGUACAGCCGUACAGGUCCGAGUCUCAGCAAGCUUUACCAGUGGCGUCCAUCACCUGAAAUUACAUCCAAUUUAUUUUAUCUUUUUGUGUGUGCUGAAAGCACUCCUGCGUGUCCAUUCGAGGGAUUUCUGCAGAAGGAAAAUGAAAAGAAAGACCGGCGAAAAGAGUUUCGAAUUUGUGUCCUGAACACCUGAAUGAUCCUGACGAUGAAGUUUUAAACGGACAUUUAUCUGCUUUCUGAGCGUUGAAGCGCCUUUACUUUCCGAAAAAUUUGUAUUUCUGGAUAUUUUGAAUGUGCGAAUAUUUCUUUUUGCUGGUCAUGUGUCGAAAUUUUGAUGGUCAAUAUCCUGUGUAUGAGUGAUGAUUCAUAGGAGUUGUGUUGGAAAUUGGAAACGAGUUUUUAAAAAAAGUGAGUGAUCGUCGUUUCUUUCA